UCAGAACUAAGACCCUACUUGGCUACCUUUCUUUUCAUAUAAAGAAAGUAAGGGACCAAAGAUUUAAUGGCCCAUAUAAAUGAAUUAAUAGAUUUUCUUUCAUUUCACUCAUCAUUCUUCUCAACUACCCCUCUUCAAUAUUCUAUGUUAAUUUACUUGCUAUUGUUUGCUUAUCAUCCUUUCAAUUAAGUUAUAUGUAGUUGUGCUUGAUGGUCGUUCAACUCUUCAACACAGAAAUCAUAAUGGAUGAAAAGGUGGAAACUAUUAAAGCUGAGUUAAAACGAGUGAGAGAGGAGAACAACACUCUAAGAAUGAUGCUUGAAGUUCUAAGCAGCAAGUACACAAAGCUUGAGACCCAUCUUCAAGAAAUAAACAAGACACAACACAAGGGCAUGAGUUCAAAUCAAAUAGGGUCAGUAACAGUACCACCUAUGUUUCAGACAAACAAGAGACCGAGACUAGAGUUUCCCACAGCAAAAAAGCCAUUACAAAUCUUUGUCAAAACACACCCCAAGGAUGAUAGUUUGAUAGUAAAAGAUGGCUAUCAAUGGAGGAAGUAUGGGCAGAAGGUCACCAAAGACAAUGCUUCACCAAGGGCUUAUUUCAGGUGCUACAUGGCUCCCAUUUGCCCAGCAAAAAAGAAGGUGCAAAGAUGUUUACAUGAUAAGUCAAUCCUUGUUGCAAUUUAUGAUGGAGAGCACAGCCAUGGACCCCUUGAUGAGUCCUCUUCGUCCACACCUAAAGGCUCAUCACCAGUGGCUAAUAAUAAGUUACCUCUGAUGACAAGCGUACCAAAUGACAAAGAAGCCAUGAACAUUGACUUGGCUCUUUCAGGGUGGUCUCAAACAGAUAGAAGACAUUGUGAAGAUGUCAUGCAACAGAAUAAUAACAAUGGUGGUAGCAACAUCAAAAUUGAAGAAUAUGUAAGUUCUCUAAUCAAGGAUCCAGACUUCACCAUGUCAUUAGCUGAAGCAGUUGCCCGCACCAUCACUGGCCAGCAGAAGCAACAAGAUCUAAACCUCAAUUUGGAGCUUCCUGAAGAGUGAAAUCAAUCAUUUUUUUCCCACAAAAGCCAUAAUGCAAGUGUAAAGAUGAAUUUUAGUUCAGUGAAUUGUAGUCCAGUAGCACUGAAAAAGCGAGGAAAACUUCUUUAGAAUGGUUUACUUUAAGAAAACAUUAUAGGUUGUUUUCAUUUUCCGUUUCCACUUUAAUUGCAAAAUAUUACUUUGUUUUACUUUA